AUGCAAGUUGAUAUAGAAGUAAAGGAAAUCAGCAUGCCAUUAGCUGAAAAAGCUAAAGAGCAGCUUGAAAAAUCACCAAGUAGCGCGGUAACGAGCUAUUCAAAUUCUCCAUGACAAAAAGCAAAAAAAGAACCACAUCAGAAUUCACCAAAAUUUCGAGAAAUAUUCGAAAAAGAUGUAAAAUCUCUUAUUGGAAGCUUUGCAUUGUCAGAAAAUAAACCCGAAUCCUAUCUCUAUUUAGAAAAAAUUCUAGCGGUAAAGGACAGAUCUCAAAGUUUAACAAAUUCUUUUAAUUCAAGGAAAUCAGAAGAAAAUCAAAAGAAAAUCAGCAGAAUACAAGGCUAUUCAACCUGCCAUGGUUGCGUAUUAUUAUAA